AUGACAGAAAAUUUGGAUAAUAUUAAUGAUGAAGCAAAUAAAUUGACGAAAACAAAUGCUAAAACUAAAACAGAAUCUGUUAGCGCGACAGAUGACACGGAUAUGACACAAAUAAUAGAUGAUAAAUUAAUUGAUAUACAAGAAAAAGAAGAAAAGAAAGAAACGAUAAAAAUAGAUGAAAUAAAAAAUGCAACAAAAUUUACAAAAGAUUUAAAGGAAGAAUUAGCAAAAGUAUCACCAAAAUCAGUGAAAAAAGAUGAUGAUAAAAUGGUAUUAAAAAAGCCAAUUGAAAAAAAUUGUCAAAAAAUUGAAACGAAAAAGAUGAAACGAAUGAAAAAAGAUGAUGAUAAACGACAAAAAUUAUAUGAAAAUUUUUUUCGCAAACAUACUUUUUACAUUGAUGAAAUUGGUUAG